UCCUCCACUUCCGGCUUUAUCACCUCCCUCCAUCCUUCUCAAUUCUUCUCUCUCGUCCGCUUAAGACCAAAACUCUGCUCCAACCUCUCUUCUUUUUCUAACUUUUCAAAAGGCCACUUUCCUUUUUCAUGAGUUUUGUUAUGCUUCUAACAAAAAAAGAGAGAAAGGAGGGAAGAGAGAGAUAGAAUUAGGGUUUCAUUUCGUUUCAUUUCCCCUUCAGUACCCACAUUAGUUCACUUUGAUUCCCUCAUUGAAAGCUUUGAUUACAGGGCCCGAAUGGUACCCUUUUGCCAGUCGGUGCUCUAUUAAUCUUUUUCUCGUGUUGGGUUCUUCUCUUUUCUCCUUCUUUCCAAUGUGUUUUGUUGAUACUGUUCGUUUGUUCCAUUUCUUUUUUGAUUUUUGAUUUUUGAUUUCUCAUCCUUGAUGGGUUUUGUGUCUUGAUUCUCGUGCCCAAAGAGGGGACGUAGAUAUUCCUCUUUUGAAUGCCCUUCUUGGGUUUUUGUUUGAUUUUUCAAGGAUGGUUGUAUAUGGGAUCUUUUGAUUGUUCCUCUUUUUCUCAGGAAAGUGUUUCUGUUGGCUAUCCUUUAUUUUUCGUGUGUCGAUUUUCUUCCUGGAAACUUACGUGUGAAGCAAUUUGCGUUGAACGAACUCACUGCCCCUUAUCGUGAUUGAAUUUAACUCAUUCCAUCAUUUUUUACGAAGGGUUGCUGCUUACUUUAAUGUGUGUUUCUACAUAAAAGAAGUUUCUGGAUCCUCUUGCAGCUGGAAACCCGUGAAUUAGUGUCUCAUGGGCUUCUUUUUUGUGGUAGUCUAAAGGGCAGAUCAAGGUUUUGAUUCAAUUACCAUGGCGUGCAUUUUGGAUUUAACUUCCCAAUUCUCAGGGGAGACUGUGUUUUUUGGUAGCGUUGAUGGUUAUCUAUAGCUAUAGCAACAGCUUCUCUACAAGACUCUACCUGUGAGUGGUUCAUUUUGGUUUGUAGCUGCCAUGGAGGAUAUAGGCCUUUUCAAACAAGGAUGGAAAUGGUUUCAGUCGCAGAAACACACUUACUCGCGAGCUCAAAUUGCGUUUUUUAGUUUCAGAGACAAAGUUGGGAUGUUUGUAGAGAGACAUUGGCCAAUGGUGUGCCGGUGCUGUGCCUGGAUGGGUAGUUUACUGCGUUUAGCAGUGCUACAGUGGUGGGACUGCAUUAAAAAAGGCUUCAGGUCGCUUAUUGGAUUAGGCUUUGCUGCACUGCUCCUCAUAAUGUGGAGUUGCUUUCUUAGUUUAACAUCCAUGUCCUGCUUGGUUUAUGUUCUUCUCAGUAUGGGAGCUGCAGGAGUUGCUGUUCAAUACUUGGGUUACACCCCUGGACUUUUUAUCGUCGGACUCUUUGCUAUUCUAAUACUGUGGAUGUAUGCUAACUUUUGGAUUACAGGGACACUAUUUAUAGUUGGAGGUUAUUUGUUCUCUCUUAAUCAUGCGCGGUUGGUGGUCUUAAUGGCAACUGUAUAUGCUACAUAUUGUGUUAAAGUUCGAGUUGGAUGGCCGGGUGUCUUUCUCUCUAUAAAUCUUGCAUUUUUGUCAAAUGAUGCAUUAAAUUAUUUGCUCCAAUGGUGCGAUAAGGUGAGUGAAAGUUCAGAUUUUGAAGAGCAGAAACAAUCUGAAACAGUAUCUGAAGAUGAAUUCUCAGGAGAGAGUGAGUACUCUAUUCCUACCAGUGAGUCCGAGAAGGUGCAUUCAUGUAAAUCAUCCACCCCGACUGUCGUGACAUCUGUUGUUGAUAACCAGAAAGAGGCAUCUUGUAGCAAGGUGACCAAAGAGCAGACUGACUCAAUUGACGAGAUGAAAAGAAUAUUAAAUAGCGGGGACCAUUACGAAGCACUGGGAUUUCCACGUCACAAGAAGAUUGAUGUCAUAGUUAUGAAAAAGGAAUACAGAAAAAAGGCUGUGCUUGUGCAUCCUGAUAAGAAUAUGGGAAGCCCCUUGGCCAGCGAGUCAUUUAAGAAGCUUCAAUGUGCAUAUGAGGUUCUUUCCGACUCCGUGAAGAAGAGAGACUAUGACGAGCAACUGAGAAAGGAGGAAUCGAAGACCAGAAGUGUCUGUCAGAGGUCCCAGUCCUAUGGGGCUUCACAGCAGAUGAAUACCGAUUAUUGCUCAGAGGAGUCGAGACGUAUACAGUGCAGUAAAUGCGGACAUUCCCACAUAUGGGUCUGCACGAAUAGGAAUAAGACGAAGGCAAGAUGGUGUCAGGAUUGUUGUCAAUAUCAUCAAGCUAAGGAUGGAGACGGGUGGGUCGAAUAUAAAGGUUCACUGGUCUUUGAUAAGCCUCAAAAAAUGGAUAUACCACGUGCGUUCGUUUGUGCCGAGAGCAAGAUCUUUGAUGUGUCUGAAUGGGUGAUUUGUCAAGGAAUGGCUUGCAGGCCCAAUACGCAUCGCCCAAGCUUCCAUGUAAACAUGGUUGGUUUAGGGAAGACAACGCAACGAUCGAAGUCGAGCAGAUUUCCUUGGGAAUUGGACGCUGAAAUGAUGGAUGAAGAUGAGGAAGAGUUUGAGCUGUGGCUUCAGGAGGCUUUAGCCUCUGGGCUGUUCUGUGAAAGCUCCUCAAAACGGAGAAAGAGCUGGAGCCCCUUCAAGUUAGGCCACAAAAUAGGGAGCAAACAAUGGAGAAGAACAUCAUGCUAGAGCUCCAAACAUUGCCUAAACUGCAUAGUUCCAUGGAGAAAUCACUCAACCAGUUGGAAGAUUGCCUAAACUUAUUGAAAACACAAAGCUUAGGCAAAGCAUAGCCUCUGUUCUUUGUCUUCUCGCAUAAACUCUUGUAACUUUUUGGCCUUACUUCCAAGUAGAGUACCCCAAAUCUAACCCAUAUGUUAGUUGAAAUGCAUCUGCUGCUGCUGCUGCUUCAGUUUUUUCGACAUGAAUCCCAAUCAUCUAGGAGAUUUAACGUUGUACACUUCCCAAUCUCUUGUACAUAUCCUGUUUUUUUUUUUUUUAGAAAAAACAAUUCUUAUUUAUAUUAUUGUUUGCAUCUCCUUCAAGGAAAUGCCUUUUUAUGUU